CUUUCCCUUAUUCAAACUCGAAUCAACUCACAAAUCGUCUGCACAGACAGCCUCAACACACUCUCUUGCAAACAAACACCAGCUUCCACAAGCUACCUACAGCUCAACAGCAACUGCGUGCAUUUCUAGCUGGUCUAGAACUGCAAGCACACAACCAAACAGACUCGAAGCACGAAAUCGACAGCAACGAACAAGAUGUUCGCCAACGCACUCUCUUCCACCGUUGCGGUGCUCGCUCUCCUCGGCCAGGUAUCCGCACACAUGAAAAUGGCGACGCCCAUUCCUUACGACAAGAAGGACAUAACGAGCUCUCCACUUCAGAGCAGGAAUGAGUACCCGUGUCAACGGCAGACCUACAAUUUCGAGCCGUCCGAGAUGAACGAGAUGAAGGUCGGCGACAACCAGACGCUCUCAUUCGACGGCAGUGCUUCUCAUGGUGGUGGCACUUGUCAGCUCGCGAUCUCCCUCGAUGCUAAACCCACCAAAGACUCGGUCUUCAAGCUUAUCCAGGUCUUUGAGGGUGGGUGUCCAACUUCUGGCGGAGGCAAUGAUGGCUCGCACCCUUUCACCUUCAAGAUUCCUCAGGGAUUCCCAAAUGGCGACUUCGCACUAGCCUGGACCUGGUACAACAAGAUUGGGAACCGCGAGAUCUAUCAGAACUGCGCCCCAAUUCGGGUCACAGGAGGUGCUGAUAACAACGAUGUCUAUGACUCACUCCCUGAGCACUACAUCAUCAACUUGCCGACGUCAGAAUGUUCCAGUGUUGAGACUUCUGACCAGAUCAUUCCGUUCCCGGGCCAGUACAUCAUCACGGGAGAAGGCGCCAAGCCGGCCUCCGCCACUGGUCCCUCCUGCGAAGCAUCUGCAGCCGCUAUGACGAAGAACGUCAAGGGCUACAAGUCCGAAGUCAGCGACAAUGGUGCUGCUUACACGGCUCCAGCUGGUGGCAGCGGCCCUGGCGCGAGUGCACCUGCUUCAAGCGCUGCCCAAGCUACUUCUGCCGCUGGUUACGGUGGUGCUCCGAGCAGUUACAACAACGGCCAGUACUCCGCACCCGUCACAACAUCCGCCGCGACCUCUGUCGCAACAUCUGCCGCAGCAUCAGCAGACACCUCUACCAUGGCAUCUUCAGAAGUUGAGUCGGCUCCCAUCAGCUACCCAACGCUCUCUCUAUCAAGUGGUGCUGGAGUCAACGCUCCAGCUGCAGGCACCGCGUCUGCUUACACUCCGAUUGGUACUGGCAGCACUUCUGCUCCUAGUGAAGGCUCGUCCUCUGGCAACGGUAUCAUUUGCGAUGCCUCUCACGCAAAUCAAUUCGGUGUCAACGUUGGAGAUGAGACCGUGUGGCGAGCGGUCGCUGCGGGAACCACAUGCGAGCAAAUCGCUGCGUACCGCAAGCGUUCUCUCCGUCACGCUCAUGUCCGUCGACACCUUCAAAACGUUGGUCGUAUCUAG